AUGGGCUUUCAAUACAAUAUUAAAGAUUAUGAUGAUGUUGCUGUGCUACCAUUGGUUCACGAUGGCGAGGAGGAUAGUGAACUAUGUCGGAUUAUGUACUCAGAGGAGUACAAACAGGUGAUGUCGCUAGUGAGAGCUUUGCUUACAGAAAACGAGCUAUCGAUUAGGGCACUGAAUUUGACUUCAAAGGCCAUUGAGCUAUCUCCUGCUUUCUACUCGGUAUGGAACUAUCGUUACAGAAUUCUAGAGCAUUUAUUACAGGAGGAAACGUUGUUACAAAAUGGUCAUGAUGCGUCAUAUCUAUUGAACAAAGAGUUGGAUUGGCUAGAUGAGUUCACUCUAAACAAUCCUAAAAACUACCAGAUUUGGUCGUACCGCCAAGCAUUACUGACUAAUCUACACCAUCAUGCUACAUUCAUUAGAGAACAACCGAUCAUGGAACUUAUGAUUGAUGACGAUUCUAAGAAUUAUCAUGUUUGGUCCUAUCGUAAAUGGUGUUGUUCUCAUUUCAGAACUUACGGCCACGAAUUAGCAUUCACUGAGAAAUAUAUUGAUAGAGACGUCUAUAACAACAGUGCUUGGAGCCACAGACUGUCGGUUUUGAAACAAUGCGAUGUGGAUUUUGAUCAAGAAUUGGGGUACAUAAAGGGGAAGAUCGAGUAUGUGCCACAGAAUAUCAGUACCUGGACCUAUUUGCGAGCUUUGUUCGAAUCACAUAGCACUCCGGCGAAACUUGUCGACGAGUUAUUGAUAUUUACUUCCCAAUUCCUAGAUGAAUCCUCAUAUGCUCUGGAGUUUUUCGCUUAUUUGAAUUCUUUGCCAGAAGUGAAUAAACCUCAAACAGCGAUCGAUGCUUAUACCACCCUAGCAACCAAAGCUGAUCCAAUCAGAAAAAAUCUUUGGGAUCAUAAGAUCCAGUUGCUUCAGCAUUCAUAA